AUGGGACUUAAAGGAAAAGGAAGACCUCCGCCAGGUGCGGAGGGUGAUAUCAAGCCCGCCAACAAGCAACGUCGUCAGAUGAUGCACAUCAAGCGCAAGAGAGCGAAGGACUCUGAGCGCCGAGCCGAGCGAUAUGCAUUCAAGAAGGAAGAGGCCAGGAACCCCAAAUUGAGAGAGGAACGAUUGAAGCGCAAUAUUCCAUUGACUCUUGACCGUAAGCGAGUCUGGGAUGAAGCCGACAACGACGCCGACGAGACAGGACUGGGAUUGAGUGUUGAUGUUGAGCGCAUCAAGCGGGCCAAGCAGGAAGAAGAGGAUGAGCUAAACCGACCCUUGGAAGAAGGAGAGGAUGAUAGCGAGGCACCCGACUCGGACAACGAAUCUGUCGACAGUAUGAUCGCUUCGAGUGACAGUGAAGAUGAGGACGAGGAUGAAGAAAAAGAUGAAGGUCGCGGACGAAAGAAGUCCACUCUUCCCACUGCUACGGAACGUGCUACCAGCCCGACACAGUCCACAAAAAGCACCAACAUGAACCUGGCACCCGAAGCCCUCGCAGCGAAAUUCCCUAGCCUCUUUUCCUCGGAGCCAACCCCAACCCCCAAGGUUCUUAUCACAACCUCAAUCAACUCUACGCUCCACAAAGAAGCCGAAAUCCUUACAGAGUUUUUCCCGAACAGCGUGUACAUCCGUCGCACAGCUCACCGAUACUCGCACAAAUUCUCUAUCCGUGAGAUCUCCAAGUUCGCCGCAAACCGCAACUACACAACUGUACUUGUUCUCAACGAGGACCAGAAGAAGCCCAGCGGUUUGACAAUGGUUCACCUGCCUGUGGGACCUACCUUCCACUUCACUAUUAGCAACUGGAUUGAGGGUAAGCGAUUGCCCGGACACGGCCGUGCCACAGAUCACUGGCCCGAGCUGAUCCUGAACAACUUCCGCACACCUCUGGGUCUUUUGACUGCGCAUGUCUUCCGGACUCUGUUCCCUCCUCAGCCAGAGUUUGAGGGCCGACAGGUCGUGACACUGCACAAUCAGCGUGAUUACAUCUUCGUGCGCCGUCACCGAUACGUCUUCCGUGAGAAGCGAGAGACAGAGAAGCCAGUUGUUGGUGCAGAUGGAAAGGAGAUUGCAGGAGUUGAGGGUAUUCGAACUGGUCUGCAGGAGCUAGGACCUCGAUUCACUUUGAAGCUGCGUCGUGUGGAUAAAGGUAUCCAGCGGGCUAGUGGACAAGAGUGGGAAUGGGCGGGUGGAAUGGAGAAAGAGCGGACGAAGUUCCAACUGUGA